AUGUUUGUUACUUAUGGAAAAAUUAAAGUAAUUCAACAUUUUGUCUUUUGUUCAUGUUCUAUUGAUGAAUUUGAUUAUGAUGUAUUCAUUCCAGAAAAAAAUCGAAAUUUUUCAUUACAAGAUGAUAUAGUUAAAAUAAAUAUAUUUCCUUUAUACAAAUGGACUACUUCAAUUGUUAAUUUCUCAGAAAAUAUUUUAGGUAUUAAUGAAAUAAAAAAAUUCUUUAACCAAAGAGGGAAUGUAAUGAAUUAUUUAAUACAAAAUAAAUUGGAUGAAAGUGAUGUUACUCAAGAAGCAAUUAAAGAAGAAAGAAUAUUUCAAAAUUUAAGAUUAAUUCCUGUUGGAGAAGUACUUUCAAUUAAUAAUCCAACUGAUAUUGAAGGUGUUACUGGAAUUAUUGAAUGUGAACUCUUUUAUCCAGAUGAUGAUAAUCUUCCAAUUAUCCAAACAAAAGAAAAAGGUACAAAACGAGUAAUUGGAACAUAUAAUAGAAAAGAUAAAUUGUUUAUUCCACAAGUAAAGAACGAAAAACCAAAUAUACCUUAUAAUAGAGUAAUACCAACUAAUCAAAUUAAUACUUUAGAAAGAAAAAAAUCAAUAAUAAAUGAAAUAAUGCUUAAAUAUCCAAAUCUACCAAGAAUUAAUAUAACUUCAAAAGAUAUUAUUACUAUUGACUCUACAAAAACUUCCUUUUUGGAUGAUGCUAUUCAUUUUUCAUUAAAAGAAAAUAAUCAUUUAGAAAUUGGUAUUCAUUGUACUGAUUAUUCUGAUGAAAUUGAUAUAUUUGGAGAAGAGUUUGAACGUGCAAGAAAAUUAAGAAAAGGGAUAGGAGGAAGAUCCAGAUUAUUUAAUUAUCAAUUUUUAGAAUCAAACUCAUUAAGACUUGGAAAGAAAAGUAAAGCCUUUUCUAUUAUUUUUGACAUAGACUUAACAAAAAAGGAAAUUGUACAUAUUCAAUAUGGAAAAACAAUAAUUCUUAUUAAAGCACAAUUAACAUUUGAAGAAUUUGAUUUAAUUUCAAAAGGUAAUAUAAAUAAUAUUCAACAAUUAAAACUAUAUGGUUUAACAUUGGAUAAAUUAAAGUCAUACAUUGAUACCAUUAUUAAGUGUGGUAAGUUAUUGUAUGGAGAAAAAUAUAUUGAUAAUGGAGAACAAAAUACUAGUAUUGGAGAAGGUGUAAUUCAUAAGUUUGGUAACGACUUUAAUAGGCGUUUAGGAUGUCAUCUUCAACAAGUCUAUGGAGAUGUUGCUUUGAUUAAAAAAAGCUCACAUGGUAUUUAUGCUUCUUUUAGAAGUCCAUUAAGAAAAUUUAAUGAUUUAUGUGUACUUCGUCAGAUUGAGUCUAUGGCUAGGUCUAUGUCAAAAGAAGAUAUGACUUUGUGGGUAUGUGGAGUUGAUAAUCAUGAGUUCAAACGAUUGUUUGAUUUAUAUUAA